AUGUAAUAACAAAACUAAGUUAUGUAUCAACAAUAACAACUUCCACCCCAGCAACAGCGGGAUUACAACAUUCCACCACCUGGGUAUAAGGCUCCUCGUUAUCCCAGGGAAGAGUUGCCUGAAAAUUAAGAGCAGAAUCUGGACUUGGGUGGUUCAUAUUAAUCCUACUUAUACAAUUGUGGAGAGUGCUGCGGAAAUUGCAAGGCUGUCUGUCCUUGCAAUCCUUGCGUCGAGUAUCCCUAUGUCUAAGUGGAGCAAAGUUUUGUUGGAGUAUAUUUGCGCUUUGGAAAAUACAUUAAGACAGUUCAACCUGGAUUAAUAUACAUCAAUCCUUGCACCGAUACCAUUUAGAAGGUCGAUUGCAAAGUGUAGAUGAUCGACUGUCCUAGGUAAUAAGUGAUGACCAAGGACAACAUCUUAGUGAGCAUUGAUGCAACUGUUUAUUAUAGAAUAGUGAUACCAAGAAGAUCCAUAUUUUAUAUCAACGAUCUCCAUCAAGCAGUGACUCAAUUAACAUUGGCUACUAUCAAAAGCAUAGCUGGAUCUCACACUCUAUAAGAUCUCUUGGAAAAGAGAGCUGAAGUGCAGUAGCAAAUCGAAGGAUUCGUGGAUGAACAUGUCUGGGAAUGGGGAAUUGACAUUGAGAACAUGUUGAUUAAAGAUAUUUAAUUGAAUGCUGAUUUGUAGAACACCUUAUCCAUGGCAGCCAAGGAGCAGAGAGCAGCUCAAGCCAAGGUCAUUUCUGCUUAAGGGGAUGUUCAAUCGGCCAAGCUCAUGAGACAGGCAGCAGAACUCUUGGAUUCCAAGGCAGCCAUGUAAAUACGGUAUCUAGACACAAUCACCACUUUGGGACAGUAAGGAUCCACCAAAGUAGUAUUGCUCCCCACCGAUUCUAAAUGA